AUGGGUUGCUGUGGUUGUGGAGGCUGUGGCGGCUGUGGCGGCUGUGGUGGCUGUGGCGGCUGUGGCUGUGGUGGCUGUGGUGGCUGUGGUGGCUGCGGCUGUGGCGGCUGUGGCUGUGGCGGCUGCGGUGGCUGCGGCUGUGGUGGCUGUGGCGGCUGCGGCAACUGUUGCUGUACCACCUGUACCUGCCGCCGUGUAGGCUGCUGUUCUGGCUGCUGCCCCUGCUGCUGUGGCUGCUGUGGGGGCUGCUGCAGCCCUACAGUGGUCUGCUGCCGCCGCACCUGCUGCUGUGGUGGCUGUGGCUGUGGCUGUGGCUGUGGCUGUGGCAAGGGCUGUGGCUGUGGUAAGGGCUGCUGCCAGCAGAAGUGCUGUUGCCAACAGAAAUGCUGUUGCAAGAAACAAUGCUGCUGCUAAAGGUAAAUGAUCAGUGCUGGACCUCUGGGAAGGAAUUACUGGAGGCACAUAUACAGCAAGAAGGUAAGACUUUCUUCUUUUAGCUUGUCUUCUCUCUACUAAAACAUCUUUGGGUUUCAAAGUGUGGAACACUUAACAGCCCUCAGUAUCUCUCAAGUACUUAAUUUGGAAAGUGCCCAUUUUAAAAAGAAUGACUUCCCCAAUUAUUGGAACAAGGACUCAGUACAAUUUUCCCAAACUUCAUUCAUAUCAUGAGGUCAAUAAAUAGAAUCAUGAAUUUUAGCAUUUUUUCCUCUUAAAAUGUCUCUUAUAAAUGCCUGUAUCAAUAAGUCUAUUCUUUGGAUAUUUACUAUACAUUCACUGCCCUUUCUACAAUUUCUGUGUUUUUCAAUGAAUAUUUCUUAAUAAAAUGGACUAAAUUUCAU